AUGCCGUGGUUUCAGAUGGAGGAGCAGCCAGGACUGCCAAAGGGGAUAUGCCGAGGGUGCACCGCUCACACCAUAGCUGCAAUAAGCUUCAAAGACCUUUGCAACACAUCCAAAAGACUAUGGAACGACGCUGCCGACUACCUGUCGCUUAUAGACGGCGCGACAGACGAGGACAAAGCGUUUUAUGUAUUCUACAACGCAGACAGAACGUUAAUCAGAGAUCAGACAGAAAGAGUGAGCUCAAAAGAGCGAGCGGUGCAGAAAUUGAACACAAAAUUCCUAACGGAUAAGAAAAAGAAGCCUUACGCACCACGAGUUAAAAGAUCCAAUGGCGUCGUAGUGCCUUGCCGUUGUUCAGAUUGCGGCAAACGGUUCUCCGACCCCGUUUACAUGAAUCUCCAUCUAAUGAAUACAAGCAAAAGAAUAUGUACGGAGUGUUACAUGAUCAUACCCAAAACGAAGCUGGCGCAGCACCUCGCUACAGCCCACGGGAAGUGGGUGCACGAUUGCAAGAUCUGCCAUAAAUUAUUCGAUACUAAAGACGGCUUGAGCCAACAUGUCUAUGAACAUCACGACGAUAAAGGCUACCCGUGCAAGGUUUGCGGCAUCAGUUUCGCCAACGAGAGAGCUCUGAGCGCGCACAUGUAUUCGCAUUCACUGUUCCACUGCAACACGUGCAGGCGCAGUUUCGAGAACCGAAAAUGUUAUAAGUAUCACCUAAAACAAUGUUCGUUCCCCAAAGAGUCGUCUCAAUACACCAAACAGUACAUUUGCGAUUAUUGCAACAGUUCGUACACUAAAAAGCCUUCGCUACGCAUUCACAUAAUCCAAAAACAUUUGAAUGUUCUUCCCUAUAUAUGUCAGAUUUGCGGUAAACGCACGUCCACGGUCGCACAUUUGAAAUCACACCAGAGUGUACACACGAACGUGAGGAAAAUCUACGAAUGCUACUGCGGUGCUAGGUUGCGGACAGAGUUAGGUUAUAAUUUACAUCAGCGGAUCCACACCGGCGAGCGACCGUACGAAUGCAAGGAAUGUGGCGAGAAGUUUCUAUCGGCUUCCAGAAGGUUGGAUCAUAUCAAACGCCGGCACCGUAGCACCCAAGAAAUGCCGCACGGAUGUGAUAAGUGUCACGCUAGGUUCGUAAGGCCGUUCGAACUGAAGAAGCACUAUCUGUCGGUGCAUUAUGCUCAUAUAGAGGUGACGCCAGCCACUCGAGGUGUCAGGAAGAAGUAUUGA